AUGUCUACAGACGCUGCCGAAAGCGACAGCGAAAUCCAAUCCCGCACUCAACAAAGCCCCCUGGCCUCUCAGCGCGCAAAGGCAGAGAAUCCGAGGCGGAGUCGAUUCGAGAACCUUUUCCCUCUGGGUUACAAACAAGGUUUCACUCAGUGGUGGUCUGCCCUCCCCGCUGCUCAGGCUGAACAUAAAGUCCUCUCCUUCAUUCCAUACCUUCAGUCGCCCCCUACACACACUCAGACCGGUUCAGAACCUCCGUCAGUCAAUCCGUCUUCCCUGUCCCUCUCCGCCGACGGUGCGAGAGCCUCUCCAGUCACGACAAAUUCCAUCACCGACCCUUAUGGCCCUAGGACUUGGUAUUCUCGUAUGGUUGCUUUGCCAGGAAAGAGUCGCGCAUUGAAUGAGUUCUCUGUGAAACGAAUUGGCGAGACCGCCAAACAUAAUCUUGUCAUCAUCCACGGCUAUGGUGCUGGUCUAGGCUUCUUUUACAAGAAUUUUGAACCACUCUCCCGAGCCCAUGGGUGGCAGCUCUAUGCGCUCGAUCUGCUAGGGAUGGGUCGCUCUUCACGCCCCCCUUUCAAGAUCCAUGGUAAAACCAGAGAAGAACAGAUUUCUGAGGCCGAGGACUGGUUCAUUGAUGCACUUGAGGAGUGGCGCGUCAAGCGAAACAUCGACAAAAUGACCCUUGUCGGCCACAGUAUGGGUGGCUACAUGGCCGUAUGCUAUGCUUUGAAAUAUCCUGGCAGACUCAAUAAGCUUAUCCUUGCUUCUCCCGUCGGCAUACCCGAGGAUCCUUAUGCCACCCAAGCGGCGAUGCCAGAGCCACCGGACUCCUCUCUACAGAACGAAUUCACCCAAGAUCAAGAAACCGAAAGCGUCAAGGCUCGCCCCGACAACAACAAUUUUCUCAAUGCCCGCAAAAAGGCGGAGAAAGAACAACAGCAAAAGGCAACCCCUAAUCGCCUUCCCGUAGCGGGCGACAGCGAUGAUGAACAACCUACCCCUCGCCGCCCUCUGCCGAAAUGGCUGACCUAUCUAUGGGAUGCAAACAUCAGCCCCUUUAGCUUCGUUCGCUGGUCUGGCCCCCUCGGUCCUAGACUGGUAUCUGGAUGGACGAGUCGACGCUUCAGCCACUUACCACCCGAAGAAGCUCUCGCCUUGCAUGACUACAGUUACAGCCUCUUUCGCCUCCGCGGCAGCGGUGAGUAUGCACUGGCAUAUAUCCUCGCCCCGGGCGCUUUCGCGCGAAGCCCUCUGAUCCGGCGCGUGCAUGGCGUCGGACGACAAGCCUUGACCCACGAUAAUACAUCUUCCACAUCAUCACUCCCCGCAACUUCUCCCGCCACCACUACUACCCACGAGACUGGCGUCCCCGUUGUGCUCAUGUAUGGUGAGAAUGAUUGGAUGGACGUGAAGGGCGGGUACGCGGCGAAGAAGCGCAUCGACGCCGAACGCACACGUAUUCUGAAGGGCAAGUCCCAGCAGGAAAUCGAUGAGGAUCAAGGCGGCGCCAAGGUGGUCAUUAUCAAGCGGGCGGGCCAUCAUGUUUAUCUCGACUCGGCGCAGGAGUUUAACGACGUUAUGCUAGAUGAAAUGAAGGACGUUGAGAGGCGGAGUUUGGGAAGGAAGAAGGGCGCUGCUAGUGGUGUGCAGAUCGUGGAUAGGGAAACGACAGUCGAUGCUGCUUGA